AGGUUGAUGACUCAAGGACAGGAAGGCACUGCCUUCCCUUCUCUGAUAGUUUUUUAUUCAUGUCCCAGCAGGUUCACAUGGAGUCAAGCGAUCAAAGUUCUCCCUCCAUUCCUAUCAAAAAAGCCUUCGAAUACCGCAAGGCCUGCGAGCUUGGAGAUGGCAAGGCUUGUCUUUACUUCGGAAAUUAUCUUCAGUGCGCGCGGACUGAUACCAUCUGCAAGAACAAUAAGAGAGUCCGCAAAUUUCUUCAACGCGCUUGCUCGUUAGGAGAGGCGGACGGCUGUCUCUACCUUGCCGGGAUGCAGAUAACGGGACAGGUCCCUGGAUCCGAAAAAGAAGCGUUUCAAAACGCCAUGACGGCAUGCAAUAUGGGGAGCACAGACGCUUGUUUCCUCGCGGCAACUUUUACAAGAGCAGGACUAGGCACGAAGAAAGACUGCUCGUGCGGUCUUAACGCUUUUCUUCACUUAUGCAAUGAGAGUCAUCAUGGCAAAAGUUGCUACGAAGGCGCGCGAUCCUUGUCGCAAAU